AUGUCAUCAUGUUCAAGUUUAUUAUCAAGUGCACAAAUGCUUUUUGAAAUGACAUUAAUGAAAUUUGAUGCAAGUGAAUUAAUAGGAGCUGAUGCUGUUAUUGGUCCAUUAUGUUUUAGUAUUUUUAUUUUAUUAGUUGUAUUUAUAUGUUUAAAUCAAGAUAUUUUAUCAUUUAUGCUAAAUCAAUUUUUACAUUGGAUAGGAAUAAAAACUCUAAGUAGAUCACAAAUCACAGAAGAACAAGAUUCUUUAUUGCGUUCACAAUAUUUUCAUCCAAUAGAAAAUUUUCCUGAUCGAAUAGAUCAAUUAUUGAAAGCUAUCACUAGACUUUAUAUUGAUCAACAAGUUGAACUAUUAAGAUUACAAAAAGCUGGAGUUUAG